AUGGUAGAAAGACAAAAUAUAGACGAUUUGAACCUGCUUCAUAAUAUUAUUCAUACUCAUAGAAUGAAAUGUUUAGAUAUCAACUGUACUUGUCAAAUGUAUUUCAAACUCAUAAUAUCACAAUUUAAAAAGAAUGAUGAGCAUCAUAAUAAUCAAAUAUUAAAAAGCCAUAGUAAAAAAGGUAAAAGAGAAUUAUAGAUAACAGAUCAAAGCUCCUUUAUACUCAUUAAAACAGCUAACCUUGAUUAAAUUUCCGAUAAUUUUCCUGGAUCAUACCAUUAGCCAGAUGAUAUUGGGGAUUAAAUUUCAUAUAAUGAAAAAAAGCUCUAAGCUCGUUAAAGUGAUUGGGUAGCCAGCUCUAUAAUCAAUUUAGAUUCUGAGUAAAGUCCCACUCAUGAUUAGAAUAUUCUGUCCGACUAAUCAGUAUGGAAAAAAGCUCUUAACCAUGUGGAAGGAACUCAACCAGUCUAUAGUCAAGCACAGACAUUUUCAUUUGAUACUAAUCUCAUUGUAUCUGGUAUAUCUAUUGAUGACAUGUUUAAGGAGAUUUUUGAAAUAGAAAAUCUUAAUUAAAAAUUAAUGAAUAACUCCUCAAGCUUGUUUUUGAAUAAUCAUAGCAACUCAAAAUCUCAACUGGAAAAAAAUAUUUAUCCGGGGAAAAAACUAAAAUUUGCUGAUCAAAUGGAAGCUAGAAAAUACCUGUUUAUUUAAAUUCUAGAAAUCAUAUUCAAGGACUAUGAAUAAAAUAGUAGUUUUAUGAGCUCGUUUAAACACCCGGAAUACUAGCUUCAAUACAUUAACUUUAUUAACAAGAAUUUGUAGAAACAUUUUUUAGCUAUAUUCCAGUUGCUAAAAAUAAACUAGAAUAAGAAAAAAUUAGGAUUCUUUGAACGGAUCUAAUUUUCGAUUUGUGAAUAACUCAUCAUAUAAGAAGCACUACUAAAAUUCAAAAAUAAUUCAGGAGGAUUUGAUUACUCUUACUUUAUUGAUGGUAAUCACAAGUAAUAAGAAUUAGAUUCAUAUUUUGAAAAAGCAACUUUGGAUAUCCUUGAAUUUUGGAAAAAGAUUAAAUCUGAUGAUCCAAGUGUAUAGUAAAUUUUGGAACUUGGAACUCAAAUAUCUGAUACCAUUUAUAGGCUUAAAAUACUGACAAAAAAGUUAGAAGAUGAUCAAAUAUUAAAAAAAGAUCUUGGAAAGUACUAAAUCUAUGCCUUAUUUCAUCUAGAAAUGCUACAUGAUCCGGUUACAUCUAGUUAAAUGGCAAGCUUUAUAAAAAAUAACUAAGUCUUAAGAAGCAAAAGUAAAUUUUUUGGGAUGAUGACAAAUAAUAAUGGAGCUGCGAUUUAGCUUCACAAUCAAAUAUCAGAUGUAGGAGUUUCCAUUAUUUCAGCAUGGAAUGGAGCCAAAUCUACUUGGGAAUUUCUUUACGGUAAUAAGGCAUUUUGUGACUUAUUUAAGAUCUCUGAAAGUAAUCUAUAGGGUAGAAAUAUUAAUUAGAUUAUGCCGAAACCAAUUGCACUCAACCAUGAUUAGAUCAUAAAAAAAUUUUAUCUUCAUGGUCAUCCAAAAGUUCUUGGUAAACUUAGAGUAUUAAUUGCUAAAGCAAAUGAUGGUUAUCUCAUUCCAAUCUAGCUUAGAAUAAACUUUUACUAUAACUUAAAAUUUAGCUAUUCUUUUGUUGCUUAAGCUGAAAGAGUCAAGUAUUGGAACAUUUUUAACGAAGAAUAAAAUAGAAUUCCCAUGAGUGAUUGUAUGAUCCUACUUACUGAUGAAGAGUUAAAUGUCUUAGAUUUUUCUAAAAGCUUUGUAAUUUAUACUGGAAUAACUGCUCAAAAAAUUGAAAAUAAUGAGGAGAUGACAGGAUAUAAAGAAAAUUUGCUAAACAUAAUUGAAGAUAUUUAAAAAAUUUUGCAACAAGAUUUCGGAAAUAAUUCAAAUCUACCUAAAAAAGCGAAAGCUGGACUGGUUAAUAAAAUUGUUUAAUGUCGAAAAUUUAAUCAAGUUAUGGAUUCAUUCGAUAAUCAAUAGAAUUUUCCUUGCUUGCUUAAUUAUGUUUAAGAGAGAUACUAAACAAUUAAUGAUGAAAUAAGAUUGAAUAUCUUUAUGAUACUUCCAUUAAACAAACAUCCAGAUUUUGAAUUGAUGGCUACAUAAAAAGGCAUAUACACUAAGAAAUUCUCAACGUAACAAGCAUAGUUUAAAAAGACUUCAUCGACUGGCAAUCCAAUAACUGAGGGUAGAGAUAUUUAAGAUAAAUCCUCAAUGAAUUCAGAGAGUGGCAAUUUUGAUUUAAGCUCCCUUAGUAGCACCAAUUCUUCAUCUAAUAGUAAUGCAAUUUAGUCUCAUUAUGCUAAAAACCUAUUGUUUCAAAGGAAAGCUCCAAAAAUUCUUAAAAUCAAUGCAAUUGUAUUAGCCUGUACCAUAGUAUCAUUCCUUAUCAUCAGUAUUUACAAUCUUGCUGUCUUUACAGACAAGCAUUAGCAAAUUUCAGGCAGACUAACAGCAAUGUCCUAUAUUAGUUAAAGAAAUGCUAAUAUGAGAGCUACACUACUAGAUAUUAAAACUAUUCAUUUGAUAGUACAAGACCUCAAAAAUUUAAAUUAAUCUACAGUUUUACCAGCAAACCUAUCUAGGAUCGAUUAUUACUUAGGAGAUAUGCAAGAUAAUCUUUAGAUAGUCAGAGAUUAAGCAGAUAAACUAAAUAGAUUCAUUGCUUUAAACAAAGAAUAUUUCAGUUUUAAUUUGAACUUUGAAAACUUAACAUUUCUAACAGAUUAUGGAUAUAUUUACAAAAUAAGUGUGGUCUUUAAAUAAGCUACAAAACUUUUAAAUAGCUAUUCAGAAACUCUCAAAAUCGAUGACUUUAUAAGUUAGAAACCUAACCUUAAUGUUACUAAUUAUGCUAAGAAUUAUUCGUUUUAGAGAAAUGAUACGCUAAAUAGAAGUUUAACAGCAUUAGAGCAGUCUCUAUUCUUUAUAUUUGAAAAUGGAAUGUAUACAUAGCAAGAAUUAGGAUAAAGAUAAUUACUGAUGCUUUAAGAAGCCUCAUUUGAACAAACUGAAUCUAGUUAAACAACAUUAAUGGUUACUACAUUUGUUUCUAUAGGAAUAGUUUCACUUAUUUGCAUCAUAAUUUUCCCCUUACUAACUAAGGUUUUAGAUAGAAUAUAUACAGUGCUUAAGUUCUAUAAUAAUCUAGACAAAGCUAUCAUUGAAAAAUGCCACUAAUAAGGAUUGGAAUUCAAGAAAUAAUUAAGAACGAAGAUUGGAAACAAUAAGCAAAAGUAUAGUUAGCAAUAGAAUUUAUCAAUAUCUAUAGCUAAUUCUAAGUUAAAGCCAAACUAAAAUGAUAAAAAUAAUGAUAGAAUAGAUAUCUAAGAUAAUAAGAAUCAAUAAUCUGAUUAAGAAAUAUUAAGCUCAAGGAGGUUUACUAAAGAAACAGAUUCCAAUAGAGGACUAAAAGAAUAAGACAUUUAAAUUACUUUUUCAAGAAAAACAUAAAAAAAAUUAGACCUUAAAAAGUAAGACAAAUAAAAAAUAUAGGGGCCUCUUAAAUAAUAUGUGAGCAAUAGCCUUAAAUCUGCUUAAAAAGAUGAAAAGUUAAAAAAUAGAAAAAGAAUCAGUGUAAAUUUAAGAAAGUUAGAGCAGAUUGAGGAAGAAAAAGAAGAGGAAAGUGAAAGCGAAAGUGAAUACUAAGAUAACAAAUCUCCUUAGAGUGAAAGACAUAAAUAAAGAAAUGCUGAAUCCAAAAAAAAUAGGAGGAGAACAAAACUGCCUCAAAAUCAGGAGGAAAAAAGAGAGAUAAAAAACAAGCUGCUCAUAAUUCAAAUAAGAAAGAGAAUUUUUGCUUAAAAGUUGAAGAUCUUUAUGUUCGUAUUUCUAAUGAUAGGUUAUUUGAAUAGCUCUUUGCUGAUUUCCUACUAUCAAAGCUAAAAUGUCUUUAAAUAUGAUAAAGAUAGCGUAAUAUCAUUACAAAAAGCUUACUUUAGAGAAGAAUGUGCAUACAAUUUACAGUUGUUAAUGAGAGAAAAAAUCAUAAGAAACUAUACUUUGAAUAUAAAUCUUUUCACUGAUUCUCAAUCAUUUGUCUCUGUACCAGCAAUAUAUAAUUAUGUGGAUAGAUGCUUUGAAAAUGAAAAUUAUAUGAGUCAACUCAGGAGAAAUUAUCCAGAAUAUUAUUAAGAAGCAAAAGAAUAAGUUGAGAUAAUUGAAGGUCCUGGACUUUGCAAUGCUACAUUCUUAGCAGUAAACCCAACUAAAGCGAAUCUUUGCGAAAGAGCUAUGGAUGGUAUUUUAGCCUAGGGUUAAAGUAAUGCUCUCUAUUAGCUUAUUAGCUUUAUUUAGCAGACAAAUAUCAACUUAGACUCAUCUACUAGAAGAAACAGAUAAUUUUUAGACUCUCUACUCUAUCAAAAAAGAAUGCAGGAGUUUGCAGAUCUCUCACUUUAUUACCUAAAAACUGGAUUUGAUCUUAUUCAAGACAUUCUUAAAACAACAGCAAUCAGUUACUUUGAUCUUGCAAAACAAAAUUAUAUAUUAACUUUCGGUCUAUUUAUGUCUUUUACUGUCAUCAUUUCAUUUGUUCUGGGAGUUAUCGUUUUCAGAAGAGUAAAAAAGGCUAUUUUAGACGUAUAGAAUAUGCUAAUUUUACUACCCUUAGAAGAAUUGGAUUUAUAAUUAAGAUAGAAAAUUGAAGCAUUCCUUAACAAAUGA